AUGUUAUUUCAGCCCAGGACCCCUAGCUACAAACAGAGACAGGACAAGCACAGACAAUGGGGCCUGCACGUGCCCCUGCCUGGAGCCCGGGGGCUUUGGCUACAAUGGGAGCCGGAUCCCGACAGAGCCCGACUGGCAGCAAUCCCAGCACAGCCCUGGGUCGGCGCUGGAGGCGUCUCCCUCAGCAGGGCGUCUCGUCUGGCAGGGCUGCGUGGCUGCAGCGGAACCAGACUUGGCCUUGGUGCACAGAGCAUCCAGCUCCACACUGCUUCAGCCAGCCCAGCUGGUCGGAUUCCUCAGGGGGGCUCAGGGGACAUUUGUGCCUUUCCACUGGUUUUCAAACAGAGGAAUCAGGAGUCCUCGGUUCCGUGCCUAGCCCUGCCGCUGACUUGCUGUGUGACCUUGGGGAAGUCACCUCACCUUCACCCGGGCCUCAGUUUUCCUGUCUAUGAUGGGGGAUGAUCUUUAGCUGCAUCACAAAGGCAGAGCAGGGAGAGCACAUGAAGUUCUUUUUAUUGGUGUCCAAAGUGCUUGGAGAGCGUGGUACUCAAAGAUGGCGAGAGCGUUGGGAGUUUGAAAGUGGCUGCUGCCACGCUCAGCAAAGCUGCUCUCACUGAACAGAGAUGGGAUUCACGGCCUCACCAGGAGGCAAGAUGGCUCCCAGACCAGCAAAGUGCCACCCAGCUGGCCAGGCAGGAGAAAGAUCUGAGGACCCAGCAUCCCCUGGGGAUGCAGCCAAAAGGCUCUCAUCUCAGGAGGGCGGCCAGAGGGGCUGCCCCCGCUUUCUAGGCUACGGACGUGACCUAACCGAAGAGGCAGCCCUGUUUUCCUAAGCGGUGGUGGUGCAACAAGCCCAGGGGGAGGCUGUGCUCAGCUAAAGGUGCGCCUUCCCCCUCCCUGCCUCCUGGACAUUUACUGAGACAGCUGAAGGCCUAGGAGGAAACCUCACUUGAUUGGCACAUGAUUUAAUGUUCCCCAGGUCCCAUGACCCACUAGCUGCUCCCCUGGUGCCCAGGCUCGCUAGGUCUCACAUGUCCCAUCCUUUCCUGCACUUUUAAUAUUGAAAGCCAAAUUGACAUGCAUGUUAAUUGUUUAGAAGACCUGAGCUUGCAAAAAACACUGCGCUGCAGCUGUAGCACUGCCACAAAUAGAUCCCGGCUUGGAGAAAUUAAAGUCUUCUUGCAAAUAAAUGUUCUCCAAGAAGGCAGCUGCAUCAUUCAGAGCUAAUUUGCUUUCUCCCUGGGACUCGAGAUUCCAUUGCUUUGUACCCAGCUCUGCUCAGCACAAUUCCCCCUUGUAAGCAGCAUGGAGGAUUGGGAGAGUGGUUGCACAGCACACAGGCUGAACAAGAGUAGGGAGCACAAGGCACAUUGAAAGAAUAUUCCUCCGCAGCAGAAAGGAGUCAGGUGGGGUUUUUUUUAGUAAAAUUCACCCUGGUUUCCAAGCAGGACCCCAGCGAGGGGAGCUGCCCUUGGAAUCACAGUCACGUCAUUACAGGCAGAGAAAAAGCUGUUCGUUUCUCACUCUCUUACUGAGUUUGUGCUCAUGGAGCCACAUUUUCAAAGGGCCUCUAACCCCCCUGGAGACGUUUGCAUGCACAAAUCAACAGCAGCUGCACACACAAAUGCAGAGAAGUUUGCACCUGUUGACAGGUGAGGCUGCAAUGCAACGGGUGUGUGCCAGGCAGGUGCCCUUUGAAUCGGGUUCAGGAUGUGCAGCAGUGACACAUUGCUCGAAUACCCAGCGACAGGUUUUCCCCCACAAUUCUCAAAGAUUAAUCUUGAGAAUAACUGGGCUAAAUCCGGAGCCGUUCACAGUGACAGUGAAGGCACCGUCAUCUCGCGGUGGCCACUUGCAUGGGGCUUUACAAACCUGAAUGCAACCGGUCCCUGCCCCCAAAAGUGCACACAGUUGUGAUGCAGGCAUUUUCUCUCUCCCUCUCCCCGGAGCCUGCCUCACUCCUACAUGUUACACAGGCCAGGCUGUGUGCUCCUCUUUAGACUUGCAUGCAGGCCAGGGAGGUAGGAGUAUUACUGUGCCUGUUUUUCAGGUGGGGAAAUGGAGGCCAGAGAGGAAGUGCAAUUUGACCGAGGUUACACAGUGAGUUGAUGAUGGCUUGCGGGCCGGCUUAAAAUGGCUCAUGGGCCGUAGUUUUCCCACCCCUGUGCAUGAGCUUCUGCAAUGUCAGCCCUCUCCUCCCCUGGUCACCCCAGCGGGGGGCUUUGCUUGCUCCUGGAAAGAGGGAAGGUUUUCAGCACUAGGCCUCAGUUCUUUAGACUCCCCCUCCUGCAGCUCUAUGGCCAGCGUCCUGCCCCCUCUGCAGGUGCUGAGAUGCCAGCUGCUAAUGAGGCUCUGCUAAUGCUAAACUAUGCCAAGAUAAUCCGAGCUGCUUGCUGCCAGCGUCUUGAAAGGGCCCAGGAGGGCUGCAGUGGCCGACAGGUGCAGCGCUCCCUAAAUAGCAAGGCCAAGAGUGUGCCUAUAAAAACCGGGGACACGCCUAGCACCCAAGGAGAACUUGCUGAGGGCUGUUCGGGAAGGAGCCUGCCACGAAGCCUGCACCAGGUAAGUGCCAGCCAGAGAGCCCGGCGAGAAUAAAGCCAGAGGAGAAGGAAGCUGGUGAGGAAUGAGGCAUCAGCUGUAAACACUGCAUGGAAACCAGGGAGAGGUCAGCUUGGAAAGAGCCCCAGCUCCCCCGGGAAUGACCUGGCCAGCCUGAGGAGGAGAUGGAGGUGAUGAUGAAGGCGCCCGCCAGUCACACAGGGCCCUAGUGCACUAAGGCCCCCGUGGGUGUGACUCUCCCGGCUCCGUCCCCACAAGGGGCUGGGUGCUCCAUGGUCACUGGGAGCGGGACGGAUGGUUAUGGUUUAGGAGCACAGCCACCCAAGGGAGAGGUCUGCAGGGCCCACGGCCGCAGGGUUAGUUCUUGAGCCCGCUGGGAGGGACACGUCUCUGAUGGCGAAUACAGGACUUUAGGGGCAGCUCCUUGGUGGGCGUCAGAGGCCACCUAGCCCAGGGGAGAGGGGUGAGGCCAGGUAUCUGGGGCGAUGGGCCCAUGGGACAUGCAGGGGCCAGCCUGCAGCCUGCCUGGUUAGAGUCACCCUGUGAGUGCUUCAAGCCCGUCUCAGCUGUCCUGCCGGGGACGAGGGGGAACAGCCGGGGAGAGCCCAGACAGGCAUUAGCUGAGCUCUUGGGUCUGGUACAGUCCGGGGGAGCUGCCGGGUAGGGAUUUUGCUUUGGACUGUUAAAAGUUAAGUUGAAGGGUCCCUAAGCCCAGGACAGGGGAUCGCCCCCCCAGCCCCCUCGCUGUGACUGGAACUCUAAGUAAAUACAACACAGGAGUCCCCAGAGGGAGAGAAGGUGAAUGCAACAGCCCUUGCGGUCCCCGCGGGCCCUGGGCCUCGUGCCGGGGGAGAGGGAAUACUCACCCCUGCUGAGCUCAGCAGCCUGGGCAGCACGAGGACUCAGGGCUUGUGCCAGUGCCUGGCCUGGGCCCUUCCCUUGGGUCCCCCUGGCACGCAGGCUGGGUCAGCAGUGACAUCUGGGCUCAGCAAGGCCAAGAUUUCACUGGAAGGAUUUCACUCCCCCUUUCAAAUGUCAGUCCAUCCCCACGCUGGGGCGCCUGGCCGCUUGGCACCCCAGAAGCUUGCUGAGGGCCAGGGCCAGCGGCACAGAUAAGGGGCCGGAGCCAGUAGGGCGGGCCCCUGCCCAUCAUAAAUAGCUGCCGGCUGCACUGGCCCCACGAACUGGAUAGUCCGCUGGGAAGGCGGAAAUAUUUCGGCUCAGUGUAACCCUAGAGCGGAGUCGCAUCACAAGACGCUGCCCUGUGAAUAGAAGAGUCCCAGAGAGGCAGGAGCCUUCUUCAAAACAACAUGCGACCCCCCCAGAAAUAAAUACACGAGCUACCGUGGGGAGGGAGGGGGCCUUGAGGUGCUGCCCUUUGAGCAGGAUUCCUGGCAGGGCGGGGGCGAUGGAGAGUUCCAGGGUCCCCGCUGGUGUCUGACACUGCAGCUGGUGCCAGUCCCCGCAGCAAGGGCACGGUGCGGAGGGCAAAGAGAAGAGCUCAUGGAGGGACCCCAUCAACAACCAACAUCAUAAACCCAGUGGGAGAUGUCCUGCCCGCCCAGGAGAGGCAGGGGCCAAGCAGGGCUGACGCCCGCUGCCUUCCUAUGGGCUGACACUGGGGUAAAUCAGCUUGGACUUUGACCCAGCUGAUCUGGGGGUUUCUGCUGGGAGCCAGGACGCCUGGGUUCUAGUCUCAGCUCACAUUGUAGGCGAGGCACCAUCCCCCUCUGGCCCCAUCUGCCCAGCUGUUAACAGGGGGCUAGAAAUCCCAGUGCGAGGCCGAGAGGUGCCGUGAAAUAUUGCCUACAGAGUGUGCCAAGAGCCCAUGCUGGACGGGGCUGCAGCGGGUGAAGGGAAACGCCAGAGCCAACAAAAUGGCUCCUUGGUGGGAAGGGGGCGGUUUGACUGUUCCUCUGAUCCCUGUGCUGAGAGCUACUCGGGCAAGGGGGCCUGUGUGGGGUGUCGUGCUCCUGGGGAAUGCGGUGCAGGGGCCCUGGCGAGCUGGCUGAGGGGACGCCUGACCGUAUUGACUUGCCGUGAAAGGUCACAAGUAAAAGGAACCCUCCCAACGUGCCAGGAGAGCUGAGUCCAUCUGAGCAGCUCAGCAGGGACACAAGCUUCUGAGCUAGCCCAGGCAGAACAAGAAAAAUCCCCCCUCCCUGCCCUCAUUCUCAGCUCUCCUCUUUCCUCGCCAGGGGACGGGAUGGAGGAGAAUUUUUCCUGCCAAGUCAAGAAGAUGGCGCUGGCCUUGGGAACGUCUCUGACGGACAAGGAUAUUGACCUGCUGCCCUCGGAGAUGAGGCAUCAUGCGGCCUUCAACUACAGCAAGUUCUUUGAGUACAUGCAGAAGUUCCAGACGUCGAGCGAGCAGGAGCAGCAGGUGCGCAAAGCUUUCCAGCUCCUGGACAAGGACAACAGCGGCUUCAUCGAGUGGAACGAGAUCAAAGUUCUCCGACCUGGUCACGAAGGAGAAGAUCCCCAAGAAGAAGUGAGGCAGGGGAGAAGGAGAAGGAGCGCCCCACUUCCUGGCACCAGGCCGCCUGCUUUGGGGGCAGCCCCCCACAUAGGCCGCCGCUGGCCGCCCAUGCAGCACUGUGCUUGUCCUGUGUGUUCUGUCGCCUAGACCCCAGUGUGGAGGGGAAGGGGCUGCCACACCUGGCUGGCGGGGAGGGGACAGCAGGGGUGGGUACCAAGCUGCAUACCAGGCCUAGAGCGGUAGGAGGCAGUUUUGGGCCAGGGCAGGAGAGAGGGCUUGAGAAAUAAGAACCACUCCCCUGGCCCCACUGCAGCUGAACCUCCCCAGCACCUGCCCUGGCUGAGACGCACACGACCAGCAACAGGCGCAUUCAAGAUGGUGCCGCUCUCCCCCUGGCCUCCCACCCCAACAGAGCAUCAGGGCCAGCCAGGCCGGGGCUGGGAGCAGAAAGACUGAAGAAAAACCAGAUCCAACCCGGCUCCGAGCCUUGUGCCUCCUCAAUCCAUUCCCUUCCCCCAGCUCCUCCCGUCCCGCUCAGAGUGGGCCCAGCUCAGCACCGUCCCAAGAGCCCUGCCUGUGCCAGCUGGCUGCUCUCUGCCCAGAGAAGGGCAAGUGCACCAUUGGCACAGCUGCUGCAUUAGCACAGGGAGGGUGGGGGGUGAAGAAAGUUCCUGUCCUUGUGCCGUGUCCUGCAUCACGCCCGCCCUUGUCCCAGCCUCAGCACAUGUAUUGCAGUCCUGGUGCCGUUUGCAUCCAUCGGGUCCGUUUCCUGCCCCAAAUAAAGACUCUCUCGUGUGAUCCCUUCUGCAGCUGAGCCCUUUGCUUUCGCCUGGCCAGCGCUGGCACAGCUAGGGGCCGGGAGAGAGAGUGCACACCGAGCCCUGAGCCUGGCCAUUGCCUGCACCCACAGCCAGGAAUUCCUGCUGGCCCUAGGCGCUUGGCCGGACAGAGGGCAGUUAGUGGCUGAGACAGAAGCCAGGAGGCCUGGCUCCCAGCCCCUGGCGCUGGACACGGAGAGAUAUACCCGGGGUCCACAAACCCCACUGGAUAGCUGAGGUGAACCCCUCUACCCCCCUCCCCAGCACUCAGCACCAGCUGUAGAGCUGGGGGUUAAAGUCCCUCUGGACACAUCCCAGGGCCUGGCACUGCUGGGCAGUCCCUGUUCUCAAAGCCCCAUGAGCACAGCUCAGCAUAACUGCGGCCCGUUCUGAGACUGAGCAGAAUCUGGGCCGGGAGAGGACGGACCAGAGGGAAGCUGAGAGCCAGGGAAGGUGCUGGUGCGAUGGGGAGAGAGGAGGAAGAGGAGAUUCCCCAGAAUGCUGCAGUGAAAGAGAUUCAGGUUAA